GGGAAGGCUCAGCCCUACACUGGCCCAGAGAGCCACGGGGCUGGGAGCCACCAGAGAGAAGGCCAGCUGGGGCGCACCUACCUCCUGCCUGUGAAAGGAGCACACAGAGCCCUCACCCAGCUGAGAAGAUCCAGCUCUGCUACCCGGGCUGCUCUUGCUCCAGCUCUGUAAGUGCUGUCUUCCUCUGGGGUUUUUCCCACAUCCCUAUGAAGUAACUAGGCCACUUGUGUCCCUGUGGGAGCUUUCUGCCAGGAUCUCCCAGCUCUCUCCUCUCCUGGACAAAAAACACCCUCUUCCUGAGCCUCAUCACACCACCUGAGAUGCAGUCCAAAAGACUGUGCUGAGCAGAAACCAGAGCCUCUACUUCCAGCCCACUAGAGCUGUCUCUGAUUCCUGGCAGUCACUGCUCUGGCAGGGACCAAAUGGUCACUAGCUGCUCUUGAACAUCUCUGUGGAGCUUCUGAGGUGCCAGGCCUGUCUGCUGGCUUCCUAGGCCCCAUGGAGACCUGGCGGAAAGGCUCCUUCCGCAAUGCCUCCUUCUUCAAGCGGCUGACCCUGGGGCGGCCAAGGCGACUGCGGCGACAGGGCAGUGAACUUAGCCAGGCCAGCACUGCUGGUGGUGACCAUGAGGAGUAUAGCAAUCGAGAGGUCAUCCGAGAACUGCAAGGGAGGGCGGAUGGCCGGCGACUGCCCCUGUGGGGGGAUGAGCAGCCACGGGCCACUCUGCUGGCCCCACCUAAACCCCCACGUCUUUACCGAGAGAGCUCCAGCUGCCCCAACAUCCUGGAGCCCCCAGCCACCUACACCACCACCUACUCAGCAACCCUGCCCUCUGCACUCUCCCUGGCAGGCCCCCUCCACCAGUUCUCAGAAGAGGACCUUUCAGCCACUUCCCCCUUCCCGAGGACACCUAGUCCAGACCUCAGUGAUCCUUUCUUCUCCUUCAAAGUGGACCUGGGGAUUUCACUUCUGGAGGAAGUUCUACAGAUGCUGCGGGAGCAAUUCCCCAGUGAGCCCCACUGCUGAGCGGGGUGAGGGUGAGCAUAGCUGGGGUGACAGGAGGAGUAGAGCUUGGGGACUCAGGGAAGUAAGGAACAGCCAUGGAUUAAGGAACAGGCAGGGGUAGGAAUCCAGAGCUCUUCAAGUCACCCCAGAAUGGAGGGACAGAGGCCAGCUGGGAACAUUGGGGGUCAUUUUUUGACAGGAACCCUGAAGGAAGCUGGUGAGGCCAGGAAAGGAAGACCACACCCUGCAACCACAGGAACUAGGCAGAGGCCAGAAGGCUACAGGGUGGCACAGGAGCAGACAGGGUGUGGGAGGACACAGGCUGAGCAGAACAUACCAUGCCCUGAACCAGCCUCCUCCAAAGCCUCCAUCAACAGAGGUCAUAGGACACAUUUAGGAAGAACUGAUCCAACCCAGACUGCAAAGGAAAGUGGGGAGGCCUGAGAGGAAAGGGGAGAGAGUUCAAUCUGGUAGCCAUUUGCUACAAAGGCUAUUUAAAUUUCAAUUCAUUGAAGCAAAACAAAGUAGAAAAUUCAGCUCCUCGUCACACUACCAAAUUUAAAUGUUCAGUAGCCACACCUAAUUAAUGGCUACCAUGCUGGACAGAACAGCAUGAGCACUGAAACCACUGGACCAAGGUCCAGGGACAGUGCUGGCUAGACACUGGCCCACAGCCAUCAGCAGCACAGGCAGGGUAAGGGAAGGCUCCACGGUCUGUGAAGGCAGUGUGGGGCUGACAGAGCAGGAGAGGGAGGUAGAGAUCCAAAGGCAAAUGCAGGGAAAAGGCCAAUCAAACCAUUAGCAGAAAAGAGGCCAUGAGAGACUAAACCUGCCCACAGAGCUGCUGGGAACAGUCCCUGUGCUUGAGGAAGCAGCUCCUCCAGGAAGUGCCAGCCACCAGCAGGACGUAACCUGCAAAGGGAUGCUUUGGGGACUGUCCAGAACUACUAGUGAUGGAAGCCUUUGGGAAAUGCUGCAAAAACAGUGGUAAACUUCCUGUUCAGAAGAGGGGAGGACUGGU